GGGGAGGUCAGGAGCCCAUGGAGGUCAGAGCAGGGAGGAGGUCAGAGCCUGCAGCCGGCAGACAGAGCCAGCAUCUCGCCAUGGCCACUGCACGCUUCCCCGGGAAGAGUGUGGACGUGGCUGCCGCCAACUGGACGGCCCCGGCACUGGGCCGUCCAGUGUGUGUCAACGGGACACCGUGGAUCCUGUACCUGCUGGAGGAGUGUGUGGAUAAUGUGUGGGAAUACUGCAGCGUGGUGAUAGGACUCAUAUCCAUGUUCUGCUUUCUGCUGUCCACUUUACCGCAGGUCUACGAGGCCUAUCGGAACGGCAAAGUGGAGGAAGCCAUGUCGUUUGGCUUUCUUUUCUUCCUCUUCAGUGGAGACGUGACCAGCUUUGCAGGCUGCUACCUCACCAGCCAGCUGCCCAUUCAGGUAGUCACAGUGGUGUUCUACAUCUUCACAGACCUGAUUCUCAUCUCCCAGUUUCUCUACUAUAAGAUCAAGAACAGCUCCAGCAGAAAAAGCCCUGUGUUGAAGUGGCUGUGCUUCAUGUGGUGUGGUGCUGCUUCCUUAGCUCUGCUGGCCUUACCCAAACUCCUCAUAGACAAUAGUACAACUUUAGACACCCAGAGUCCAACUACCUCUAAAUCAGUGGAAAUCACUGGCUAUAUAUGUGGAUACCUGGCGUCUGUCUUCUACCUCUGCUCUCGUUUGCCCCAGCUUUAUAAAAAUUUCCAGCGGCAGUCUACAGAGGGCACCUCUUACCUGUUGUUUGCCCUGGCUAUGAUGGGCAAUGGGACAUAUGGGUUGAGCGUCAUCGUGGUCCUGCCUGCUCUGAGGGGCUCCAAACAGACCUUCAUCAUCAAACAUCUGGCCUGGCUCAUUGGCAGUCUGGGAGUCCUCAUACUUGACUUCUUUGUGACUGCCCAGUUCAUCCUGUACAGGAGGAACACCUCUACUAAAAGCAGCACGCUAAUCAGCAUCCCAGAAGUAGAGCCUCUUCUGUGUGAGGAAGUGGAACUGUCGGUGUUAUAGGACACACAGCGGACGACAACAUGGACCACUUACACAAGAAUGGACUGGUCAGUCUGUGGUUUGCUUUUGAUAAUUCAGUGGCUUCUCGGUGGUCAUUGAUUUACAUGUUUCAACUUAAGAGAACAAAGACAUUGCGGAAGUCUUGUAGAAAGGAUGAUAUGUUCGCAAUUCUAGGCGUCUUUAUAGUCAGAUUUCU